AGACACACCCACACUGAGCGGACGCACAGUGAGUGAGAGAAAUACGGACUUUUGCUUGGCUUUGCUUGGCUUUAACCUGCUUUUGGACAACCAUUUGGAUUACUUUUGGAUUACCUGUUGGACUACCUGCUUGGCGGAUCUACGUGGACUUGUUUUCAAAGCUUCCCACUCAGAGGCUUCUGAGAGCAAGACCCCACACACACCACACUUCAUUCAUUCUUGAUCUUAUAUUGAGAAUCACAUACUGAGAAUCACAUAGAAAUCAAACACAGCACACAACAUAAAAUACAUAGACCUAUACUGACUAUAAAUCCAUUCUCAAACACACACACACACACACACACACACACACACACACACACACACACACACACACACACACGCACACACUCUGUUUGCAUUGUUUAUUGUUCAAGUGAUUGUUGGUAUUGUGUUUGUUCAAAUUUCACACUUUUACACUGCAUUGUGUACGUCUGUGAGAUAACCGUGUUUUGGAGUAUUUCUUCUUGAGUGUUUACAGCUUGGUGUAGGACAAGAUGCCGCGGAAGGGGAAGCGUUGCAGGGCCCAGAAGCAGCGAUGGAGCAAGCCGGACCAGGUGACCCAGCUGGAGACGCCGCCGCCAGCCCAGCCGUUCUGGACCCAGAAAGAUGGACCCAGCCCCUCCCAGUCUCCUGCCCAGAAGAUGGCCAAGCUCCACAUCCCUCUGCCGACCUCACCCUCCUGCUCCCCUUACCAGCCUGGACAGGUGCGUCUACCCCCCUCUGACUUCCGCCCAGGCCGCGGUACGGGUCGUCGCCAUCGCAUGCUGCUGUGGGAGAAGUCCCCCUUUACUGGCCGAUUCCGGAAGUUGGUCGUCCCAGCCGAGUCACCCGACAUGAAGUUCGUCCUGCUUGUUGGAGACUCCCACCUUCGGGCCAUCGCCGACGGGUUUGUGGGGAUGCCGGACCGACUGCUGUCCUUUGGCGUCCUGUCCGUCCCUGGGGCGUCGGCAGUUGAGUUGCGUACUGAGGUGCUGAAUGCUGUGCUGCCUCGCGCACCCGAGGCGGUCUGCAUUUUAGCACCCAGUAACGACUUGACUGCCAGCAGGACUGUCACUGAGGCAGGGGUCGCAUUUGGUAAGCUCCUGCUGACUGCCUGUGCUAUCUGGCCCAACGUAAGUAUUUUUAUAUUAUUAUCUUGAUAAUAUGUUUGAUAAUAUACUUGGUUUUAUGAGUGUAACUUUAAUUUCUAUGACAUUUUGAAAGAGACAAUGUAAUUUCUGAGAAAUAACAUGUUUCUCUCUC